AGCUGUAUCCAAAACUUGUUGUUGACAGGACCACUCCUCAAAUCCACCGCGGCAGUGGAGAGGGUGUCUCCUCUCAGCGGAGGAGAGCGGACCUCUCCUGCACCUGUCCCCUCAGCGGUGCUGCCAAAGCCUGAAACCGGAAGUUGGAAAUCGGAACUCGGCUUCACAAUGAGGCUUGGAGCGCAGGUGCAGCUGCUCCAUCAUCUGCGCUCGCCGCACAAGAAUUUCUCCUCGCAUUUUGCGAGCGGGCGAGCAGCUUUUUCAAGCCCUGAUAUAGCAGCU